AUGAACCUAAAGAAACUUGUUUCAAUAUUUGAUCACUUUCCAAGUUGUGCAUCUCCAAGAAAGAAGGUUUUUUCAGGAUUUGGGUUAGGGUUUAUUUCAUUUUUCAUACUUUUAUUUAUUUUAUUUUCUAAUUUCUAUUUCAAGAAUCUAAAUCCAGAUAAAGUUUUUUUUCAAGGAUUUAAUAUUGAUAGUGACAAUAGUUCACUCAUUGCAUGGUCUUUUUCUUUUAGUAGAUCAUCAUCUUUCAAUUCCACUUGUUCAACAUCAAUAUUUGUAACUAAUACUACUACACAAUUAGACCAAAAUCCCCAUGGUUCUAAUGGUAACAUUAGUUUGAAAAUCUUGGAUAUUGAUGAAAAAGGGAAUACACAUGUUGGGAAUUUCACUAGUGAUGUGAAAGAUGGAAGCUUUAAUGAAAUUUCAUCAAAAGUUUUUGAAUUCAAGGAUGCCCAUUCAAGGAAUUUCAUCAGUGAUGCGAAAAAUGAAAGCUUUGAUGGAAUUUCAUUGAAAGUUUUUGAAUUGAAGGAUGCCCAUUUAAGGAAUUUCACUACUGAUGUGAAAAUUGGAAGCUUUAAUGAAAGUUCUGCGAAAGUUCAUGAAGUUAAGGAUACUCAUUUGAUAAAAGAUGAUGUGAAAAAUGGAAGCUUUAGUGCGAUUACUGUGAAUCCCAAUGAAGGGAAAGUAAUUGACCAAGUUUUGAGGAAUUUUAGUGGCACUUUUGAAGAAUGUGAUAUCUUUGAUGGAAGAUGGGUAAGAGAUGAUACAAAACCAUAUUAUCCUGCUGGUUUAUGUCCUUACAUAGACAAAGAUUUUAAUUGCCAUCUGAAUAGGAGGCCAGAUGAUAUGUAUGUAAAAUGGAGGUGGCAGCCAUUUGGAUGUGAAAUCCCAAGAUUGAAUGCAACGGAUUUUUUGGAAAGAUUAAGAGGGAGUAAAAUGGUUUUUGUUGGAGAUUCUUUAAAUAGGAACAUGUGGGAGUCACUUGUUUGCAUUCUUAGACAUUCUGUCAAGAACAAAAAAAGGGUUUACGAGAUAUCGGGAAAAAGGGAAUUCAAGAAGAAAGGCAUUUAUGCCUUCAGAUUUGAGGACUAUAACUGUACAGUGGAUUUUGUCGUUUCUCCAUUUCUAGUGAGAGAAUCGUCCUUCAAAGGUAAAAAUGGUUCUUUUGAGACACUAAGAUUGGAUUUAAUGGACCGGGCGACUUCAAUGUAUCAAGAUGCUGAUAUUUUGAUCUUCAAUACGGGACAUUGGUGGACUCAUGAGAAAACUUCCCGAGGGGAAGACUAUUACCAGGAAGGCAACCGUGUAUACCCGAAACUCAAGGCCCUUGAUGCAUACACAAGGGCUCUUUCUACAUGGGCCAAAUGGGUGGAUAUGAACAUUGACAGCCAUAAAACUCAAGUUAUCUUUAGAGGUUAUUCAGUAACCCAUUUUUGGGGAGGUCAAUGGAAUUCUGGAGGGCAGUGUCACAAAGAGACCGAACCAAUCUUUAACACAAGUCAUUUAACGAAAUACCCAUCAAAGAUGAGAGUUUUUGACAAUGUAAUGCGUGGGAUGAAAACACCCUUGAUAUAUCUUAACAUUAGCAGGCUUACAGAUUACAGAAAAGAUGGCCACCCUUCAAUUUACAGAACGAAUUAUAAUUCCAUGACCAUAAAGCAACAUUCUGCAGAGCACUCACAAGAUUGCAGUCAUUGGUGUUUGCCAGGUGUACCAGACAUAUGGAAUGAGUUGUUAUAUGCAUCUUUAUUGAAGGUCGGAAGAGGAUCUUGGAAAAGUUGAAAUUUGGUGUAUUAGCCGAGUUCCAAAUUAAUGCCUUACUAGGUUGAAAGAUGUAGGAGUGUUCUAGCUAUUGGAUUUAUUAACAUGUUAAGUGUUGUAUGUUAGCUAGUGGGUAGCUUAAAUGGUGUGUUGCGUUUAGUAUGAUAGUAGUUUAAAGGUCUAGUUUGAGGUCUAUUGUAUCUUUUUAUCAAAACUAUAUAGACACUGUCAAAAAUGACAUACCAGCAAAUAUA